CCUCGGCUCGGCGGUCCGCCCAGCCUCCCCCAACUCCUCUGGCCUCUCCUGCAGCCCCCUCCCCUUUAUCCGCCCACGACCAGAGGUGGGCAGUCGCCCCCCCUUCCGCCCCCCCCUCCGCAAGCCCGCGCGCGCGCGCGCACACACACACACAUAGGCACACACACACACACACACACACACACACACACACACACACGCACACGCGCGCGCGCGCACACACACUCAUCGCUCUUGAAUCCUGGGCAGGAACUCUGAAAACUUCCAACCCCGGCAGCACGCACGGGGUGCAGAACUCAGAGGCCAGCAGCUUGUUUCCCCCCACGACACUGCAGGGCCGCCGCCGCCGCCGCCGCCGCCGCCUGCCCCCGCCACCCGAGGAGGCGUGGUGCCACCCACUGCUCUCAGUUCCUUGCUAGAGUUGAGCUGUGCGCCCUACCCUGAUCCGGGCAGAACCUUCCCAUCCUUUCCCUGCUUUCUGACGGCACAAGAGUCAGUCUCUCGGUCUCUGCCCCUCUCUGUGUGUCUCGGUCUCCCAAUCUCGCUCUCCCUCCAAUCUCUCUCUCUCUCUCUCUCUCUCUCUCUCUCUCUCUCUCUCUCUCUCUCUCUCUCUCUCUCUCUCUCUCUCUCUCUCUCCACUCUCUCUCUCUGUAGGGUGGGGGAGAGGAGGAGGAAUUCUUUCCCCGCCUAACGUUGCAAGGGACACAAUUCACUCCAAGUCUCCCUUUCCAAGCCGCUGCCAAACGUUCCCAGUGCCCGCAGCUCCCGAUCCUCAGAGGAGAGAGGAGCCCUCUCUCCACCUUCAAUUCUCCCUCUCCCUCGCUGCUUCCCGCCUCCUCUCGCUACCUCCACCUCCACCUCCACCUCCGCCACCCACCGCCCGCAGCGCCUCCUCCUCCUCCUCUUCUCCUCCUCCUCCUCUCCUCCUCCUCCCCUCUCUCUCUUUUUGGCAGCCGCUGGACGUCCGGUGUUGAUGGUGGCAGCGGCGGCAGCCUAAGCAGCAGCAGCCCUCGGCGCGCGCCAGCUCCGCCAGCUCUCGUCGCCCCUGCCUUCUCCAGCCUUCUUCAUUCCCGUGCUGGGCGGAUCCGGGGCGGCGGAGGGCGAGCGGCUGCAAGCGGCGGUAGCGGCGGAGGCAGCGGUAACGGCGGCGGGAGGCAAGGAUGAGCGCACGCGGUGAAGGCGCCGGGCAGCCGUCCACUUCAGCCCAGGGACAACCUGCCGCCCCGGCGCCGCAGAAGCGAGGACGCGGCCGACCCAGGAAGCAGCAGCAAGAGCCAACCUGUGAGCCCUCUCCUAAGAGACCCAGGGGAAGACCGAAAGGCAGCAAAAACAAGAGUCCUUCCAAAGCAGCUCAGAAGAAAGCAGAGGCCAUUGGAGAAAAACGGCCAAGAGGCAGACCUAGGAAAUGGGGACAAUGGUGCCAGGCGCAUUACCCACGGUCUCUGGAAUGUCUUUUCCAGUGACGUCUCCACCGUCAAGGACGGACGCUGUUUCUCAAGAAGGUGGCAGGCGUUGUCUGGCCCCAGCCUGUCUAUGUUACUCCUCCUCCUCCCCUAAAGCUCUUCCCUGGUCUGUUCCUGCUCCCCCCACCUUUGAACGUUUCUCUCUUACUCUUUUGGGGUGAAUUUUCCCUCUUCCUUUCCUGUUCCUUUCUCCUCAAGUUCCGCAUCACUUUCUAUUUAUACUUCGCUAUUGCCUUUCAUUUAAUGUAUUCAUCUUGUAUUUUUCCCCCCUCUCCGCUCCACAUGUGUUAGGAUUAGAUUUCUUAGCACAAGGAAAUGGGGAUGAUCUUUAGAUUAAAAACAUCUUAGUGUUGUACUGGAACCUUAAAGGAAAGGCAUUUUAUGGAGCCCUGUUUUCCAAUAAAUGAAUUCUCUCCCAACCUUAUCUACAUUUCCAUCCUCCAAUCUAUGCCCCAUUACAAAGGGAUCACACUGCCCCCAGGCCCUCCUCUUCCUUCCACAAAUGCUCAGGACUUUGAAAAAAAAAAAAAGAAAGAAAGAAAAAUUUUGCACUCCACUUUGGAAACAACCCCCACCUCUAUGCCUACCUCCUGGAACAUGUAAAGUAUUUUUUUCCCACUUUCAUUCACAGUAAGCCUUCGAAUAUCUGAGGACAAUUAAUUAUCUCCAACCCUUUCACCCCUACUUUAUCCUGCAUAAAGGAACAUUCUUGUUACUUGCUUCUGAGUACAUUUUUUUUUUUUUUAAUUUUUCUGAAAUGUGUUCCGCAGAGCUAAGGAUCAUAUUCCAGGUGUGGGUUCUGCAAACAGUGGGUUUAUUCUCUCUCUUGUACAUAUGGUUGUCGAUUGCUGCUUAAUCAAUUUUCUGGGACUACACCGAUAUGAAUAAACAACUAUUUCAUUACGCUUACCUGUUCUUUGGGUCAUGAGUAUGGACAGGGCAGAGCA